AUGGCUUCUGCUGUGGCUGUGACCUUCAAUGUGGAUUGUUCGUGCACAGAACAUGGUGAGGAGGUCUUCCUUGUCGGCUCUCACAAGAAACUGGGAGCUUGGGACCCUGCAGAGGCCCUUCCCUGCCUCACAGACGCCGCGACGUUUCCGCGCUGGAAGUCCAAACCUGCGAAGCUGCCAAACGGCAGCAGGAUCGAGUUCAAGGUGGUGAUCCGGGGCCCCCGUGGGAACCGAUGGGAGCAUGGCGAAAAUCGACUCCUCCAGGUGGACCUUCCCGUGGAUGCGGAGGCGAAGAAGAUCGUGAGCCUCACUUGGGGGCAGACUGGCGUCAAGGAUGCUGAAGGGGAAGACAUUGUUGGAGAGCUGCCCACUGCUGGAGAUUUCUUCCGACGCGUGAGCUCGCCGGGUGGUGAGGGUCCAUUGUCAAGGAUCCCUCCGACUACCAUGCAAAAGCGUGGAAGCCGGCACCUGUGCCGCAGCAGUGAUGGGCAAGUCAACCAGGAAAUGACAAGGACGCCAAGCUUGCUCUUAAUCAACUUCGCAAAGUUCAACGAGGAGGCAGCGCUCCACGAGAAGGAGCUCGAUGCCAUCGAAGAGCGCUCGCAGUUGAACAGGCUUCAGCGGAAGAUGAAGAGCACCCACUUGAUUGAGCGGAUGGCCAAAAUCACAGACACGGUCGAUGCCUCAAGAACGGUCCUUCUCCAAGGUUUCAACUGGGAGAGUUGGCGCUCUGGGGGCGGCGACUGGUACAGCGUUAUUGGCAAAAGAGUUCAGAUGCUGCAUGAGAUGGGCUUCACAGACCUCUGGUUGCCUCCAUGCUCACAGUCUGUGGCACCACAGGGCUAUUUGCCCUCACAGCUCUUCAACUUGGACGGAUCAAAGUACGGCUCGCAAGCGGCACUGGAAGCCUUGCUGGAGAAGUGCCACAAAUGCGGCAUUCGAUGCAUGGCUGACAUCGUCAUCAAUCACAGGUGUGGUGACAAGCAAGACAGCAAGGGGCGGUGGAACCAAUUCUCCAGCGGCAUGAACUCCAGGCCGAGCUUUGCGGGCGUGGGCGACUGGGGCGGCUGGGCGAUCACGCUUGGAGACCAGUAUUCAGAUGGAAGCGGUAUGCAUGCGCCCGGCCACUCAGAUGGGAAGUUCGAUGCAGCGCCGGACAUCGACCAUCGAAAUCCGAAGGUGCAGGAGAGCAUCAACAUCUGGCUGCGAUGGCUUCGACUUCAGGUGGGCUUCGAUGGCUGGCGCUUUGACUUCGUGAAGGGCUAUGGUCCGGAGUUUGUUGGACAAUACUGCACCAAGAGCCACCCUGCCUGGGCCGUGGGCGAGCUCUGGACAGACAUGCACUACGACCACCAUGGGCUGUGCUACAACCAGGACAAGCACCGGCAAGCGCUGGUCGACUGGGUAAACGCAACGGGCAAGAAGUCCACUGCCUUCGACUUCACCACGAAGGGCAUCUUGCAGGAAGCAUGUCGGCUCACGCAGUUCUGGAGGCUACGUGACUCCAACGGCAAACCACCUGGUUUGAUCGGUUGGCUCCCGGGGUAUGCCGUCACCUUCAUCGACAACCACGACACAGGCAGCACCCAACGGCACUGGCCGUUUCCAGACGACAAGGUAAUGAUAGGCUAUGCCUACAUCCUGACUCACCCAGGAAUCCCAUCGGUUUUUUGGGAUCACAUCAUGGACUGGGGCGAUGAGCACCGCAAGAAGAUUGGGUCCCUGCUCAAGGCACGACGUGACUCCGGCAUUCCCGUGGAUGCCCCAGUCAACAUCCAGUGUGCAGAUGAUACCCUGUACCUGGCCGAAAUCGGCCAGCCACCCGCGCUACGCGUCGCACUCGGCCCACGUCCUGCGGGUCAGCCGGACAUGAACUACUGGACUCAUGGGCCGAACGGACACGGCUACCGUGUUUGGGUGAAGCGCACAGCAGCACCGCAGGUCUACACUUCCUUAGGCCCCACUCCGGAGGCCACACCCUUAGCAUCCCGGGCAAACUCUCCACGUUCCAAGAAGGGCGAGGAAGGCUUCCGGGUCGGCACGGAAGCCUUGACGGCUGAGACUUUGAAAAUCAUGGAUUCGAGCCAGCUCAAGAAGUUGCGCGACCGCCUCCAGGCAAUGCUCCAGGCUACGGAGCAAGCCCUGGAAAUGAAGAGGCAACGAUGA